CCCGUAUGCUUUCAUUCCGAGGUCGCUAGCGAUGACGAUUCUUGUUGCAGCUGUAUUUCUCUCAUUUCUCUCGUCUGUGUGUGUCUGUCAACAGUUUGCGAGUCCGACUUCAGCGUCGCUGGCUGAAUGCUCUGCUCUUAAAGCGGCCAUUCCCAAUGGCGAUAAGUGCACGAUCUCAAACGACUGUGCACGCUUGCAAUGCUCUACAAGUCUACUAGGACCCCUUUACCCGAUUCAGUACAAUGUCACCAUUCACAAGUGUCACCACCCAGUGCGUGUGUCAUUUGACGUCUUGUCGAGUGACUUUCGCUGGAGUCAUACAUUCAAAGGAAACAGGACAGAGGCGAUCGCCAACGUGCCUCCCGCGAUUUCGGGUACCGUUGGCAAACCGUAUGCUCACGUGGAAGUAAGCAGGUUUGUGAGUGGGAUAGUGCUCUCUGCGGCUCUUUGGUUCAAACAGAAUGGGCAGUGGACCAAACUGAAGGUGCCUAUAGUUGAGCAACAGAAGAUUCCACUGGAUACAUCUGACUGCCCCUCUAGUGGGUAUAACUUUGUGACUCCUGGUGUCUAUAACCCGAGUGGUGGUUUGCCUGGUCAGAAAAACGUGAUGGACCUUCUGAAGAAGUUUGGUUUUUUCAAGUUUUUGGACAAGUUUCAAAAAGGAAGGGGGUCAGCCAAUGUUGGAGAUGAUAAAGACUCAUCAUAUCUAGUUAGCGACAUACCAAUGUGGGCAUCCGAUUAUCCAGAAAUUGAUCCAUACGAUGACUCUGUAGUUCAGAUGUGUAUAAGUCAGUUAUUGGAAAAAGAGGGUGUUGAUUAUUGGACAACAGAAGGUCCUGCUUUCACUGACGAUUUAGAAAAUUGCUAUUGUAACAAGAUGAAAUUUUCCGGUCAUGUGUCAUGUCAGUCUUCUAUCGGUGGCAACAAAGACUCAAGUGAUACAAAGGGGUACAUCAUUGGUGGCUGUGUUGGUGGUGCUGUUGUUUUAGCCAUUGUUGUGGCAAUCAUCCUGUUUGCAAUCUACAUGAAGAAGAGGACGCCUACUGUGGCAGGGGUUUCAUACAAGGAACUGGAAGAAGAAUGAUUAUACAAAUGGUGAAUGACAUGGUGUGUCAGCUAGACGCCACUGUUAGGUUGUGAUUCGUUCAAAGUCAUUUUAGGUUAUAUUCUACAGUACAUGUGAUUAAUUGUUUGCUAGGUACAUAUCAAUUGAAUAAUAGUGCUUGCUGAUAUCGUCUCUCUUAUAACUAUUAUAGAGUUUAGGAGCUUUAUCAAUUUCUUUUGUGCUAACCUGUUGUGAAUAAAAGUCUUUAAAUCCA